GGUGGGGAUGGCCGCAGACGGAUGUUGGCGAUAGUGAGGAAUGGUCAGCUGAUACUUCCAGUGGUAGUGCGCGAGUGAUGUGAUGAACCCGGGGGCCUCAGCAGCGUCCCAGAGCCCGGCGUCUACCGGGGCGACGGGCACGGCGACCGCGGCCGCCGCCACCCAGGUCAACGGGGGUAGGUUCGACUUCGACGACGGGGGCACCUACUGCGGCGGCUGGGAGGACGGCAAGGCACACGGCCACGGGGUGUGCACGGGCCCCAAGGGUCAAGGCGCGUACAGCGGCUCAUGGCACUACGGCUUCGAGGUCUCCGGGGUAUACACAUGGCCCAGUGGCAGCACGUUCGAAGGCCAGUGGCAGAACGGCAAGAGGCACGGGCUCGGCGUGGAGUCGCGGGGUCGGUGGUUGUACCGGGGCGAGUGGACGCAGGGGUUCAAAGGUCGAUACGGAGUCCGGCAAAGCAACACCUCCAACGCCAAGUAUGAAGGCACCUGGGCCAACGGACUCCAGGACGGCUAUGGCUCCGAGACCUAUGCGGAUGGCGGUACCUAUCAGGGACAAUGGUUGAGAGGGAUGAGGCAUGGGUAUGGUGUGAGGGCGAGUGCUCCCUUUGGCCUGGCCUCGCACUAUCGCCCCAACAAGACACUGCGGGCGUCGCUGACAUCCCUCCGCAGCAACGAAGGCGCAGCGGGCGCGGAGGCUGCUGCCGAGAGAGACCGUAAGAUGGAUGACUCGCGGGGCGGCUUUGUGUUGAAGGCGAGGAGUGAUGAACCUCCAGUCCGUCGGCGAUCACUAGUCGAAAAGUCGAGCGGGAUCAAAAAAUCUAUCCUUUCUGGGCUGAAGAUCCGCAAGCAGCGCAGCACGGGAGACCUAGAGAAGCGUGGGAUAUCCGGAGGUAGUAUCCGCAGUACGGGUUCUAGUGCAUCAUGGGUCAGUACUGAGUCUUCUCACUCGGGCGUCACCAGUGGUUCUGUACACACGGACUCCAAUGCCAGCUUUGUGGUAGAGGAUGAACACAUGGACGCCAGUGUUACUGAGACUUAUAUGGGGGAGUGGAAAAACGAUAAAAGAUCAGGUUUCGGAAUAAGUGAACGUUCAGACGGACUUAGAUACGAGGGGGAGUGGUUCGGUAAUAAAAAAUACGGCUAUGGUGUCACGACUUUCAGAGACGGGUCGAAAGAAGAAGGGAAAUAUAAGAACAAUGUUUUAAUUACCUCCCAAAAGAAAAAACAUUUAUUCCUCAUACGUUCAGCUAAGUUCAGAGAGAGGAUAGACGCUGCUGUCAAUGCGGCUCAACGUGCCUCCAAGAUAGCUCUACAGAAGGCUGAUAUCGCCAUAUCAAGAACAGCGACGGCUCGCGGCAAGGCAGAGCUGGCUGACGUGGCGGCUGAGCAGGCCCGAGAGGACUUUGAGAUCGCGCGAUCAGUUGCCAAGCAGUUUGCUCCCGAUUUCACCCAACCAGGGCUGGAAAAGUUAAGAAGUAGAGAAAUUCCAAAAUAUCGGCCUCCUCCAGAGGAUAUGCAACCGUCUAAAUCAAUUUUACAAAAAUCUACCCAUUCAACCGACUCCAAUGUUCCUACAACGGCCAUGAACUCCAUAUCAAACCCAUCACAUCCGAGUACAUCACAGUCACAGUACGAAUCACAGUACCAAUCCAAACAACAAUCGUAUCAAGCCCAACAAUCGCAAAAUUCCCAACAAUCACAGUAUCAACAGUCAUCAAACUAUCCCAACACACAGCAGUCUUCGAUCUCACAAACACAAGCACAAUACAACCAAUCCCCUCAGCAUCAGUUGGAAACACAACAGCAACAACAGUAUCAAGCCCAACAACAGUAUCAGGCUGAACAACAACAACAGCAACAGUUUCAACAACAAUUCCAAAAACAGUUUCAUUCUACCCAGCCCCAAAACUACCCGCCAAAUCAGCAAAAUCAAGAUAAGCUACCUCAACAGCUGGUGACUCCCCCCACCCCUCAGCCUGAACAGCAUAAGAUGAACCCUGCUACCUCCGAGAGCCAAUACCCAAGAAACGAACUGAGGCGCAACUCCAGGCAGGUUCAACCAUCAGGAGACGCGCCUGGCUACAACUUCCAACAGGCGAUGAGUGAUCACUUCGACCACUACAAGCGACCGCCUAGCAGAGACAGUAGCGUGGACCGCUACAGUCGAGCAGCCAGCCGCUUAGCAGGCAGUCGACAGCCGUCGGUGGACAAAGCACUUCCACCGGAACCGUCAACCCCCCGCGCCCCUUCCUUAGCACGUUCCACAACCCCUGUAGCGGGGAACGGAGCUGCCGUGGGGGCGGGGAAACCUGCCUAUGUGGUGCCUAACUUACCUUCCAGUCCCCAGCCGCCUUUUGAAGACGUCAUCAUCAGGAAACGGGGUCUUGGUCAAGAUAUUGUGCCUUCGCCUCUGGGCAAGCCAGCCAGAACUGAAUCACUCUAUGUUGCAGCAGCUACGAAAAAGGCAGCACCUCCACCGAUUAAGACCAUACCAGUCAGCACUACAAGUCUCCAACGCAAGAAGAGUCUACCCGACUUCCAAGGUCUACCUCGAGCUGCUGAACCCAUGUCUCGAGAGGAAGCAUCCGUACUGAGCUCGGCGAGAAGAGAGGAGGUGCGACGGAUGAAUGAAGAAACUGAGAAACUUCGUGCCAACCCACUGUUGUACCUCGUCAGUCCGAGUGUUAAGGACUGGUUUUCCAGACAACAACUGGUGAUGCUCGUACUAUUUGUCAACAUCUCUUUAGCCAUCAUGUUCUUCAAGCUACUCACAUAGUAAUUACUGAGGUGUCUGUGAGACAGUAUCCAUCCGGUGGUUUCUUCAAUGGCUAGCGACAAGUAGCCAUUGGUCAUGAGACUGAUAGCGCUCUAAGAGCAAAAGACAAUUCCUCUAAGACUAUCGUUGCAGUUUCGAGCCCAGUGACGACCAAGUGUAUCGAAAGAUUUGAAAGGAUUUUUGAAGUUUUAUAUAUCGAAUGCUCUAGUCAUGCAAGCACAAAUAUAUUCACUUUAAGUGUUGGUAAUCCCCAGCAUUGUUUCUUCCACUUCUCAUGUGAUGGAGAAUUCCAAAGCGAUUGUGCCUAUUUAAACCGUAAAAAUACUAAGCUGUUGAAUAUUCAGGAGGAAAUUCUAUUGAAAGUCACUAAUUCGGUUUUUUACUAUAUUCCUUCUCGGUCCGUUCGCCAAAGAUUUGUUUUUUUACCUAUCUGUUGUGUUGUUAAUGAAAGCCGUUUUGUAUUAACUGUAUGUAUCGAGUUAGAUUUUUAACAAGAGGUCCUGAAACUCAGAGCUAGUACAUACAAGGCUGUCAAGGGAUCAGGCGAAAGCCAUAGAAAUUAUCGCUAUUUUACUCAGAUAUUUUAUAUAUUUCCUUGUAAAUAGUAUAUACGAUUUUUACAACACUCGGAAGUAAAUUGAUAAAAUUUGUUGUAUCGAAUCUCUAUGCUUGUACAUAAUCUAGAUUAGGAUUAUUACUAUUGUUACGUUAAAAUAUUUUUCACUUCAGUAAACUAAGUGAAGGAUCAGUAAUUUUGUUAUAAAGGGAAUUUUUCCAUUGCCAUUUGUGUUCCCUUUGAGUUUCCGGGGGCGGUUUCGGUGAUGAAGAAGCGUUGUGCCUUGUACUUCAGUGGGAAUGAGAGAGGUCCAACUUUUACAACUAAUUGCCUCCCAAUUCCGAAUGAUUUGUCUUAAAAGAGUUACCACUGUUCUUUAGAAUAGCUCCUUGCUUAGUUUUGAAGUGAAAAUUUAUCUCUAUGUUCAUCACGUUGCCAAUAAAUUACAUUUUUUGAACA